AUGGCCGUGGAUCCUGCCAUUGUCGCUAUAUUCGGCGAGCCCCCGGAUGAUAUUGACUUGACGGAUAGUAGGGUGCAGCAGGACAAUGCUGUCGUGAUUUUUAUUCUGUGCUUGGCUGUUAUUUCGGUUGUGCUACGCUUUGUUGCCCGGCGUGUCUUGCGCAAUUCUCUUAUGGCUGAUGAUUGGGUCAUUAUUCUUGCAUUGGUAUUUAUCUGCACGACGUCCGGUUUGAGUAUCUCCGGAGGCUUCUACGGUGCCCGCAAACAUGUCUGGGCUAUCAGCGUCACCAAGCUGGUAACACUAUUCAAGGUCAGCAGCACCCCACAUGGCACUGUUGUCCGCGCACUGACAUCUCAGAUCCUCUACAUCUACGUCAUGGUAUAUUCCGCCGUAUGUUGCGCCGCCAAAGUCUCGAUCCUUUUCUUCUACCGUCGCGUCUUUAUGGCCUCCCAUGCAGACCUCUCCCUGCGCAUCGGCAUCUACCUCGGCUUCUUCCUCACCCUCUCCUACCCGAUCAUCAUCUGCGUCACAAUGGCCACAGCAUGUAAACCCGCCUCAUACUUCUGGAACCAGUUUGGCGGUGCAAGCGGCACCUGCAUUGACACCGAUACCUUCUUCUUAGCGCUGGGGAUCAUCAACAUGCUCAACGACAUCGUGGUUUUGUUGAUUCCAUUCCCCCAGAUCGCCAAACUGCAGAUGAACCGUCGCAAGAAGGUGGCUAUUAGCGGUAUUUUGGCCGUGGGCAGUUUUGCCUGCGUCGCCAGUAUCGUCCGCAUCUACUCCGUCGAUCAAUUCACUAAACGCACCGAUGUCACUUGGACCCUCGGGCCCGUCUUCAUCUGGUCCACCAUCGAACCGGGCCUCUCCCUCGUCUGCGCCUGCCUGCCUCAUCUCGCCCCGCUGGUCCGGUUAGCGCAUAUCAAGCUCUCCUCGAGCCAGGAUAGCAAGCGCAGUCGGCCAACUAACCCGAGUACGCCGUGGCGGUCUCGUAGCGGCCAUGCCAACGGGAAUGGCACGCCUUCAGCUGGUCGACGCGUGCAUAGUGUUCUGUCGACGAAGUAUACUUUUGAUGGACAGGAUGACGAGGAGAUCGGUCUGACGAAUCAUGUUACGACGAGUGCGAGUCUAAGGAAGCCACACUCCAUAGAGUCGGUGGAACGGGAGGGAGGGAGUUCGGUUGAUCAGUCUAUUAUGGUGCAUUCGAGCUUUGUGCAGAGUGUCUCGAAUAAGUAA